UUUUGCUGGUCAAAAAUGCCCACUGAGGAAGAACGGGAAAAGCUGGCCCAAGUCAUCAGGCAGUGGAACAACAACAGACUGGACUUGUUUGAAAUAAACGAACCAGAUGAAAAUCUGGUCUUUCAGGGUGUGAUGCGUUUCUACUUAGAAGAUCCUUCCGGGGGAAACGUCGCUACCAAGUGUCUGCGCUUUGGAAGCAACGCUUCCACAAGCGAGGUGGUUGAAACUUUAGCUGAGAAAUUCCGGCCUGAUAUGAAAAUGCUGAGCACUUCCCAUUGCUUGUACGAGAUCCACGGCAAUAAGGAACGUAGACUGGACCCAGAUGAGAGACCUUUGGUGGUUCAAUUAAACUGGAACUCAAACAACCGAGAAGGAAGAUUCGUGCUCAAGCAAAGCAAGGAGACACCCGAGGAGAGCUGUCACGACAAGGAAAAGGGGGGCGUAAUCCAAACCUUCAAGAGGACACUGUCGAGAAAAGACAAGAAAAACAAAAACAAAGUGUCUGACAAACCUGCUGAUGUGGACCAGAACAGGGUAAGUGAAAACCUAGCAAAUGGCAGUCCAGAAACACCAGAACAGUGCACGGGAAAGAAAAGGCAAGGAGAGAGUCAGGCGGACACAAACAGUCCUAAGUCGGACUUCUUCGAUCAACCUGGUUUACCACUUGGAAUUCAACUUUGCGAUCACUCUGAUGAGGCCUUCCUGAUAGCGGUCAUAAAUUACGCCAAUAGCUCCACGAUUCACUUCAAGCUCUCGCCAGCGUACGCCCUCUACGCCGCAGGCCGCUUUGCACUGCGACGUCCGGAGGGGUCCGUUGGUGGGGUAACUUCCAUCGCAGACAAAAUGGUGGCUGUGACAAGCAAGGUCAUUCAGAAGCAGCAGGAUAACGUCGGAGCUCUUGCCUUCUGGAUGGCUAACACUUCCGAGCUACUAAACUUCUUCAAACACGACAAGGACCUCAGCAAGCUCACGCAGGAAAGUCAGCUGGAUCUGUCCUACCUUGUGCAUAAAGCUUACAGUCACCUGAUUCGGUGUAUACAGACUGAGCUCAGAAAGAAUUUGCCAACCUUUUUGAUUGAUCCUGAGCAACACGGUCCUCUUCCUGCUGGGAUAGAGAUGGUACUGAACACUUUGAUGAACACCAUGUCGCUGUUGCGACGCUACCAGGUCAACCCGGCCCUCGCCAUUCAGCUCUUCUCCCAGCUUUUUCACUUUAUCAGCGCCUGGCUCUUCAACCGACUUAUGAACCCUGACGCCAGCACCCCAGGCCUGCGCUCUCACUACUGGGGGGCGGCUCUCCGCCAAAGGUUGACCGGCAUAGAGGCCUGGGCGGAGAGGCAGGGUCUGGAGCUGGCUGCAGACUGCCACCUGGGACACAUCAUCCAGGCAACAUCGCUCCUAACCAUGAAUAAAUACACCACACAAGAUGUGAAUGAAAUCCAGAGCACCUGUUUCAAGUUGAAUUCACUGCAGCUGCGGGCUUUGUUAAGCGGAUACUUUUAUGCCCCCGAUGAGCCUCACAUCCCAGCGGAUUUGAUCGAUGGCGUGGUCACGGCCGCAGAGGCCUCAGCCGACAACCUGAUUCGGCAGGAAGGCCGAGACGUCCAGCUGGAGGAGAACCUUGACCUCCCCCUGCCCUUCCUGUUGCCAGAUGGGGGAUAUUCCUGCGACAAAGUGAGAGGAAUCCCUCCAGGCUUUCGGGAGUUUCUGGAGCCUAUUUGCCAGAGAGGUCUCUGCUAUCUAACCUCCCAGCAGAACCCGAAAGGUGAUUGGACCAUCUUCUUUGCUGGAUCAGGAACUCCAUUCUUGGACAACCCGAGUCAGCCAGAAACUGUUUCAGUCACCCUGAAGAAACCACUCAACAGUGGCAUGGGGAUCAGCAUUGUGGCUGCCAAGGGAGCAGGCCAAGACCACCUUGGGAUUUACAUCAAGUCGAUUGUCAAGGGUGGACCGGCCGAGAUGAAUGGUCUGUUGACAACAGGCGACCAGCUGCUCAGCGUGGACGGUCAAAGCUUGCUCGGCCUCAGUCAGGAAAGGGCGGCAGCACUCAUGAUGGAAACCGGCCCAAUUGUGACCUUAAGAGUGGCUAAGUUUGGCGCUAGCUUCCAUGGCCUCAGUGCUCUGCUGGGCAUUCCUGCCCCCGCUUGCACUGCAGGAAGUGAUAAUAGUCACGUUGCAGCUAACUGGAAGGAAAUCCCUCUCUACGUUGUUGAAGAUCCUGCUCAACUGGAGCAGAGGGGGGUUCGGCAUGGCCGCGGGGGGACAAAGAAAGAUCAGAUCAUGCAGAACAGGCAAUUUUAUCGCUCCAACCCCAACAUGGCCGAUUUUGCCCUUGAGGACGGCGAUGAGCUCGCCAAGCGAGAUGUGCGAGGGAACAAGUCAGUUUCCAACCUUUGCAGUGAUACUUUUCAUCCAGAAUAUUUGACGCUUCCGACCUCGAAAUCUCAGGACAAGAACGCAUCUGCAUCCAGUCGACCGCAGCAAAUGUUUCGGGUGUCUUUCGGGCCUUUGGGAGGACAGAAUGCUGUUAACAAGAGGACCUUUAUGCGUCAAGCUCUUUCACAGGAGAACUUGUGCGUGGACACAGGGGGCCCCCUGCUGGAUAAAAGUCAAACCAUCUGGCAGGGCAGAAGCUCCAAAGGCUACCACUCGCACCUACCUAUUCGCCCGAGCUUCUCCACCCAAAACAUCCUCGCUGACAACUGCUGCCCGGUCAAAGGGCAUCAAGGAACCCGCGCAGGGGUCUGGAGGACCCCUUUUUCACAACAGCCCAUUCCGACGCCUUCCGUCCAGCCGAUACGCAUCGACAUCCCUGUGACCAGGCCGGGCAUUUCUCACGCCAUUCCUCCACUUACCACAUUCCAGCAUCCUUCCUGUCUAGCACCGUUGAGGUCCAGUCAAAGCCUCCAAAUAAACGGACACUUGACCCAAAGGUGUCCGAAACCUCCCGUCAACUACACUUUCCCCAUUCCUGCUGAUAAGAAGCUACCUCGACCCUCGCGACUAUCCCAGCAACAUACGGCAAAACCGCAAGUGAGCAUCACUCCUACAAAGCACGUUUCCUUCCAAGAACCACUGAGCCAGCAGAAGCAGAGCAAAUGUCCGGUGGAGCCUAAAGACCGGCGGAAACCGAAUGAGAUGACCAAACUGGACGAGGUCGAGGUCCUGGAGCAGGAGGUAAGGGCGCUUCAGGCCAAGGGCGAACUCAGCGCCAAGGAGACCGAGCGACUUGGCAACCUGAGCCUGGAGUGGCAGUUUCAGAAGAGGCUGCGAGAGAUCCGGCAACAGGGAGAGGACGAGGACGACGAGGACUUGGAUAUGAUGGUGGUGAUACAAGAGCUGGAGAAAAGAGCUCAGAAAAAGAAAAGUCCACCAGGAAAUACAAACAACAUUUUGGAAGCACAGUCCAAAGGUCUUGCCAACCCAAAAGAUGAGAAAACAGAUAACAGAUCAAGCGGACGGCGACAAGAAACAGCGAUGUUUCCAGAGUGAGGAAAACUAGUCAUUAUUGUUUUGUAUUUGCGGAAAUCGAAUCACGAUUGCUUCUACUGUUUGCAAGCAGUCCCUGAGAACUUCCUUGUUUUGCUCCCCAUAAUGAAGUAACAUAUAAAGUUAAAAAAUAAAUUGAUCCACAGGUGCCGGGAAGACAAGGCACGGAGGUUGUCGGCUCCCGAGAAGCUACCGUUCAAGGAGCGUCAGCGUCUGUUUUCUCUGACACCCAGUGCGUAAAUGAAGGUUUAAGCUUUGCUAGUUUAA